CAAUGCACUUGGGAAACAAUUUGGAAAAUGCACAAAUGCAACAGAAGAAGUAUUCAUUGGUUCCGUAAAAACAAACAUCGGUCAUCUGGAGGCAGCUGCUGGUGUUGCUGGUCUCAUCAAAGUUCUUUUGAUGAUGAAGUAUCAAAUUGUUGUACCGUCAUUAUGGUACAACGAAGAAAACGAAAAUCCAUUGAUAAAGUUGUCACAAUAUGGAUUUGUUGUCCCGACAGAAUGCAAACCUUGGAAACAGUCAGGUAAUGAAAAUCUUAUUGCUUGUGUUAACAGUUUUGGAUUUGGUGGCACUAAUGCUCAUUGCAUUGUUGAACAAUAUUUGCAAAAUAAAAGUCAGAAAAGGAACAAUGAUACAUGUUUACCUUUCAUUAUAACAAUAUCGGCACAUAGUGAAGAUAGUCUCAUUUCAAAUGUCCGACAUAUACAUGAUUUAUUGAAAUUGAAGGUGUAUGACAUUGGUUCCGUAUCGUACACAUCAACAUGUAAACGUGAUCACCGACCAAACAGAAAAGCAUUAUAUGGAACCAGUCAAGACGGUAUUAUUGCAGCUGCUGCUACCUUUCUUAGCGUGGGUGAAAACAUAUAUCCACCUUUAGAGUCAAAACAAGUUGUUUUUGUUUUCUGUGGCGUUGGUACAUCAUGGACAGGGAUGUGCAGUUCACUAAUGAAGUUAAAAGUAUUUAAGGAGGCAGUAUUAUGUAUCGAUAAACAUCUAAAAGCACAUUCAGGCUGGAUGAUUUCUAACAAACUUACUGACGGCGAGGAUAUAUUGUCUAACCCGAUGGUUUCACACAUUGCCAUAUUUGCUUGUCAGAUUGGCCUAGCUGCAAUGUGGAAAGAACUAGGAAUUGUUCCUGAUGCCGUUGUUGGACAAUCGGUUGGAGAAGUUGCAGCCGCAUAUGUAGCAGGAUAUUUGGAUCUUCAAACAGCAACUAAAAUCAUAUUCUAUAGAUCGAAACUUCUUGCAGCAGUUACGUCUGGUAGAAUGGCAGUUGUACACAAUGUUGAAAUCGAAAUCGUAAAAAAACAUUGUGAAAUUGAGGGAUCAGUUUAUAUUGCAGUUUUUAAUAGUCCAACAUCGUGCACAGUGUCGGGGAAGGCUGAAGAUAUCAAUACUUUAAGACAGACAAUUUCAACAAUAGAAAAUAUAAGACCUAAGUUUAUAGACUUAGAAGUUCAAUGUGCAUACCAUAGUCCACAUGUCGAACAGGCAGCAAAUGAUCUAGAAAAGCAGUUACAAAACAUUCAGUCAUUCCAAUGCCAUACACCAAUGUUUUCUACUGUAACAGGAGAACAAGUGACAAACGAUUUGAUUGGGACGCCAAACUAUUGGGGACAAAACGUUAGGAUGCCAGUUCUAUUUUCAAAUGCUAUCAAUGCAGUGAAAUCAAAAACGGGGCAUAACAUAUUUCUUGAAAUAGGACCCGGCCCAGUGCUACGAGCACAUAUUGAAAAAAUAUUAAAUGGAAGUAACAGCUAUACAUUAAUUCCGUCCAUGCAGAAACAAAGUGAGGUAAAGACAUUUACGGAAGCACUAUGUACACUGUACGAGCUUGGUUUAAACCCAAAAUGGAAAACUAUAUUUCCGCAUCAAAGCGAUUUGACUGAUAUACCUAUUUAUCAGUUUCGUAAACAUCGGAAACUCUACCAAAGUCCAAACGCUGUAAAGAAAACACAAGGAAAACACAUGACAAAUGCAGAACAUAUGUUUGUCAAGCAACUUCCACAGAAAGACGACGUUUCUCGUUUUAAAAUCGAGAUAAGUGAAGAAACUACACCUUUUGUAUUUCAACAUAUUGUUGCCGGCCACAUAAUACUUCCUGGAGCAGCAUAUGCUGAUGUUGGCUUUGAAAUAGGAGGCAAUGUCUUGGGUCUUUCUACACACAAUAUUUCAUUGUCCUUGGAAUUUCUUCGGCCUUUAAAAAUUGAAAUUGGGACAAAAUCCAGUUUGCAGAUUUCCACAGUUGUUCAAAGAAAUGAACUUCUAUUUCAUGCAAAACAUAAGCAUGUUACUAUGUGCAAAGGUUGGAUAAAAUCAACAGAGGAGUCACUUGAAUCUGAAACGUUAGAUAUUGAAUGUUUAAAACUUUCAGUUACUAACAUGGGGUGUAAACACAUGUCUGCAGAUGAAAUCUAUUCAAAUUUAGAAGCAAUGGGAUUUAAAUAUGGUCCCUUUUUCACUUCAAUAAAAAGUUGUAUUACAAAUGGUAUCGAAAGUUUAACAGAAAUAGAAAUACCAAAUGAAGUAGUUAGUCAGUAUGGCUUGACAACAUUACAUCCGUGUGUUUUAGAUGGAAUGAUGCAAUCAACCAUUAACAAUUCAUCUGAAGAGAUUUUGAUAAAGAUAAAAAAUGAAAAGCUGAAAUUUAUGCCGGUUGCUAUCGGUGAUCUUCGUAUGUUUGGCAAGCCAGAGAAGUAUAUGUACAUUUUCACAAGGAGAAUCAACACGACAAUUUUAGAUUGCGUGAUGCAGGUCCAUUACAAUAUCCUUUUACUUAGCAAGGCUGGAAAAGUUUUGGUAGACCUUCGUAACUAUACAACAUAUGGCAAGAGAAAUUCAUCAAUUGCGCCUUGUGAAUUGUCAUACCGCUUAACAUGGCACCCUGUUGAAAAAAAUAGUGAGCCAAAUAAGCAAACAACUAAUGUUCUGCUUCUUACAAAUACGCCUUCACAAGAUUUACAUCAAGGGCUUGAAGAAUUUGAAAAUAUAUUUAUUUUUCAAAAUAAAAACAACUGGUCAAAUGAGGAAUUCGUAUCAAAUGCAUUUAUAGAUGGUACUAUCGGAGAGAUUCACGCUGUCAUAUUGUUUAUCAGUAAACACGACGACACGGAUUUAAAUGCAGAUUCGGCAUCAUAUAUACAUGAGUGCGUGACGAACAACUGUAUGCUUCUCACUGCACUUGUAAAGUAUAUGACUAAUCUAAACAUUUCUUUACCACUGUAUGUUGUUACGCAAAAUACACAACCAACGUUAUCAAAUGAAACGAAAUCAAUCAAUCUUAUAGGAGAAGAACUUUGGGGUUUCACUCGUUCUAUACAUCUCGAAUUUAUACACGGUGAUAUUACAUUGAUUGAUCUUCAGCCUACGUUACAAGAGACAAAAUAUACUUUAGUCUCUUUCAUACGUGAUACAUGCCAUAAAAUGGAGAAAACAAAACCAGAAAUUAUCAUACACUAUGAAACUAUUUAUGGUGCUCAAUUUUCAAAAGUUCAAAGGAGGGAGAUGAUUCCAGCGCUUAGGGUAGAAAACAGAGUUUUGAGAAAAAGUUUUUCUCGUCACGAAGUUUUAGCAGAUAGAUCAAAAAGAGUUAAAUCUUUGAUUGUAACACCGUCGGAAGAAAAUGAAGUAAAUAACUCGAAGGAGGAACAUAUAUCUUUAGAGAUAAAAAAUGUCUGUUUACAUCCGCUUUCAAUUUACCCAAGGACAACAACUGGGAUUUGUCUUGAUCAAGAUAUAUGGAGAGAUAAUUUAGAUAACGGGCAUAAUCUAUUUGGCCUUGAAUAUACGGGUAUUCCAAUAUCAGGGUCUACAAACAGGAGAUUUGCAUGCGGGAUAUCUGAAAUUCAUGCCAUUGAUCAAGAGGAAUCGUUCAAUAAAUGGGAAAUCCUAGCUAUAUUUCCCUCAAGCAUAGCCACAAGGAUGUCAGUACCAAGAUCUUGUACUAUACAUAUGAAGGACAUUCCAUUUUAUCAACCUGGUCUUAUUUUGACUACAGUGUUAUGUUGGAAUCUUUCAAAACAAGUCCCAAAACGUUCAAGUGUGUUUGUUUACAGCUGUCACAAGUCUUCAUUAACGAAGCUCAUUUUAGAAACUUUGGUACGUAGUAAAAAGAAUGCCAACCUCGUCGAUUUGUCAAACAAUAACAUUCACAAUGAAACCACUUUUGACGUUUUGCUGUCACUUGAAAAGCUCGAUUCGAGUUUACCUAUACUAGCAAAAUGUAAAAAGAUAAUAUGCCUACAGGAGAAUAUUUCAGAACCAAUACGUCUAAAAGCUUCGAGAUCUGGGGAACAAUCUGUUUCGACCUUUUCUGCUAUAGAACUGCUUGAAAAGAAAAGUGUUUGUAAUCUUCUUCCAAAAGUCGUUUCCUGGCUACGAAAGAACUCUCAAAGUUUAGGAAUUUUGGAGGGCUCUUUGCAACAAGACGAUAGUUGCAGAUUACCUUUCAACUCAUUUGAAAUAAUGAAAAAUGGCAAAGUAAAUCUGCCCAUUAGAAACCCUAUCAAUAGAUUGUUCAGUAAGUCUGGAAUAUAUAUUGUAACGGGCGGACUGACUGGCCUUGGAUGGGAGUUGAUUGUCCUGCUGGCUGAAAUGGGUGCUGGUAUUAUAGGAUCGAUAUCAAGACGAGAUCGCUCGGCAGAUAAAGCAGAUGAUAUUGCCAAAGUCGAGAAAACAACAGGGUGCAAGAUAAUCAAUGUAAAAGGGGAUGUUACUGAUUUAAAGUCAAUGUAUGGAACUGUAAAAGAAAUUGAAUCGUAUGCAAAACAAGAAUCUGUUCGUGGUAUAUUUCAUGGAGCUGGCGUUUUGAAUAGUCAACUCCUUAUGAACUUAGAAGAGUCUCAGAUUGAUUAUGUACUGCAACCGAAAGUGAUAGGGACAUUAAAUUUGCAUAUAGUUGCCAAGGAUAUGGAGCUUGACUAUUUUGUAGUCUCAUCCUCAAUAAAUAGUCUGAUCGGCUCACCUGGCCAGAGUAGCUACGGUGCCGCCAACUCAUUUCUAGAUACAUUUAUAGAAUGGAGACGUGAACAAGGACUACCAGGUCAAGCUAUAAAUUGGGGAGCAUUGUGUGUGGGAAUGGCGUCUAGACCUCAAUUUGUACAAAACUUUACAAAACGAGGAUUCAAUCUCCUAACAGUCCUUGAAAUCAGAAGUUGUUUUCAAGAUGCUUUGAUGCGGAAUGCAACUAGUAUCGUAUACGCUGAUAUUAAUUGGGAUAUAUGUGCAAAAGAUUAUACAAACACGAAGCUGGAGAGAACGAGGUUACAGAUGUCGAUUUUGAUUGAACAAGCAGUGUCACAUAGUAUGCACUUUGACAAUGAUGGAAUAGAUGAUAUGUCUUUUGAUGUAAAAACAUUGCAAAGUGCUGGAACAGAGAGACAACUGGCAGCUUUAACGCAGGUCAUUCAAAAGAUUUCAAGAAAAGUGAUUGGAGGUGACCAUCGUCAAAUCAGCAUGACAUCUUCUAUAGAACAGAUGGCAUUUGACUCAAUGUCAACUGUCACUUUUAUCAACAUUGUACACGAUAUAAUUGGGUUUCGAAUUCCGCCGGCGUUCAUGCUAAACGUUAGCAACACUCUGAAUGACGUUAAACAGUUGCUUUAUGGUAAAAUAUUUGCAGUUAGAUUAUAGCAGCAAUAUUCUGUUGAGGGAAUCAGUGCGCAAACAAACAGUGUGCUUGGAAUAAAAUCAAGUAAAGAUGACAAUAUUACGCCAAUUGAAGUGUAAAUUUGAUUUGCUUCUUGUACGUACCAAAUAAUAGGUUGAUAUUUUAUAGAAUGUUUUGAGAAGGCGAACAGAUGAAACUCUAGGCCGAUUUACUUCCUUCAUGAUAACGUGUGUCUCUUUGGAGUAGCUGUAUAAAAUAUAUCAUCAAUCUGUUAAUAUUUAAACUUUUUUACAUUGAAACGUUUAUCAUUUACGUAAAGCAAACUGUUAAAUGUAAACACAGCAAACGCGUGCUGAUACAUAAUAAUGUAACUUACUGUCAAUUUACAUUUCUGUGGUCUAAAGGACUGCAUGCAUCUGCAACUGUCAUACUGAAGUAUGACUUUUUUUGAAAUUCUGAUCUCCUAACACUAAAUCAGUGUGAAAGAGUGAAAUAUAUUUAUGUCUUUAAUCACACCAAAAUUUGACAUUUAUCAUACAAAUAGUUUUCAGCAUUAAGCAUGUAAAAGAACUGUAAGUUGUAAUGUGACCAUCAAACUCAAAUUUACUUGGGAUUCAUCAACAAACCCUCCUUAAACAAGUGUUAUAACUUUCAGGUUAUUUUUGAUACAUUAAUAUACAGAAUGUAAGAAACAUAACAUAAUGUAGGAUUUUUCAUUGACAUGUACCUAAUUUUGCUUGUUCAAUCAUUUUUCUCACUGCAAAGACAUUAUGCGUAACAUCAAUGUACUACAUACGCAAAAUUGCCACAGAUAUGUUAUUUCUGUCUGUACAUAUUUUGCCUUUAUAACUCUUUUAAUUAUUAUUUGCCUAAUCCAAGAGAUGCAUUUGUAUUUUUAGUUUCAUCUAGUGAUUUGCUUUUAAUCAUCUGUAAUUUCAUUUUAAUAGAUGCAGAAAUAUAACCAUAGUCUUUCAUUUACAGUUUUUAUUCAGUUUCUUGACUUCUCGUUUGCUAUGUUUUGCUAUCAUUUUUAUAUAGCCUUAAAAUUUAUGUGUUUUAAUUACUCUAUUCUAUGUGAUGAAUGCACGUUUCAAAGAUUUCUGUAAGGUUUGUAAAUAUUUAUUUGAAAAAAAAAAUGUAUUUUAUGUUGACUUUAUGUCUAAACAAAUUAUUAAAUUAUUAUCGUUAACAGCCUAUCAAUCUCUAAAUGUGUACAAUUUUAAAAGCUGAGAGUGGAUCAAUAAUUGGUCGUGUGCUCUCCCAUAUAGCUGGGAAUUUUUUUUAACAAUUUAAUCGUGAUAUCCCUGAAAUUAAUAGUAGAUUUUUGCAAUACCUGACAUUAAAGAACUAUGAUUUUCAAUAAUAGGAUUCAUGCAGAUAUAACGAUUUUCUUGCAACUCCCUACAUCGAUAUUUAUAUAUUUAUAUUAUAUAUUUCCGGAGAACAUUCUUAUUUAUAUAUUUAUAUUAUAUAUUUCCGGAGAACAUUCUAAAAGACAAAGAUAAUAAACGUAUGUUUAAGCCUACCUUCUUUAAUGCUCAUUUAAAAAAUCAACAAAUAUAAAUAGUAAAUGCACAUUAUAUCAGUGUAUGACAACCACCAGUAUCAUCAGGCGAUAUUGUGACGUGAUUUAGUUUAGUCGUUGAUUACACAGGAGGUUAACAUGUAAAUGCAUUUUGUUUUUUAUCAUUAGCAUAAGAGUAAUCAGCGCUUAAGUUGUUUUUCUGUGAUAAGUAUGUCCUGAACAACGCUUUGUUUUGCUGUAUAUUGCUCUGUUGUGUUGAGAAAUAUUUAUUUGAAAAAAAAAUGUAUUUUAUGUUGACUUUUUCAUUGUACCGUGAAUAGCUUACACACGUGGGUUUAAAAGUGUACAUACGCAUGCAUGCGUGCGUGCGUGCAAGCGUGCGCGCGUGUGUGUGUGUGUGUGUGUGUGUGUGUGUGAGAGAGAGGGAGAGAGACUAACUUUUAUGUCAGACUUCCAAACCCAAUAACCAAACUAACCGAGUAACUUUUAUGAUUAUUCUUUUAUAAAAUUUAAAUGAGAAAAUAUAUGUUGGAGUUAUUAGUGAUUUUAUUUGUUAGAGGUUGAUAUUUAUAAUUAUCCAAUUUUAUACAAUAUAUCUAAAUGUAACUGGGAAAUCAAAAUGUUCUAAAUAAAAGGAAUGGCAGACCAUUGGAUAUACAGUUUAAGGAAAUUUAUAAAGCUAAAAUGUUAUGUACUUUUAAAAUCUAUAAUGAACAAUUAUGGAUAAUCUGACUACAUGCUUUGAUAUGCAUUAAAACAUUGCAAUAAUAACAAAUACUGUAUGUAUUUUACAGAAUUAUUGAAUUUUCUUCUCAAAAUGUAUCUAGCAGUUUCUUGGUAUUAUUUGUUAAAUAAUAGUGUAAGCUUCUGAAAUUUGUAUAUUUUGUUAUAAAUGCUCAAAUAGAUGUCCAUUACUCAUUAUGUAAUAACAUUUCAAGCAUAGAAUACAAAAUACAUUGACUUUUGUAACUGUAAUUUUGAUUCUUGUGCAGUCCUUAAAUCAAUGAAUACAAUUGUAAUUAUUGCCGCCAGGAACAUUUACUAUAAAAUAAAGAUAGAAAAAGAUAUAUGAGGUCUUGUUCGUUUUCCCUAUCAAUAAA